AUGGAUUUGAUUUUGGUUCAGGUUAAUUUGACAAAGAAGCUAACAGGAAAGAAAUUUUUGAUUGUUUUAGGCAAUGUUUGGGAAGAGUAUUCUGAAGAGUGGAAAGAAGUGAUGAAGCCUUUCAACAGUGGGGCAAGAGGAAGACAUGUCAUUUUGUUAGAGAAAAAUGAUGAGAUUGAUAGCCUUGAGAAGAAGACACGUUAUUUUGGAUGUGUUAUUGAACUUUUUACUAAUAACAAGACCUGUAGUCUCCAAAAACAAGAGCACAAAGCAACUGAAAUGGCUAAGAAAACGAAAAAUGUUUACCAAACGCAAUUCAAAGUCGAAAUCAGUGACAGUGAUACAGACGAUGAAGCAUGA